UGUUGAGUAUAUAAGGUCAUGUUCGAGCAGUGGCUGAGUUUCUCACCAUGCUGACAUGAAGAGUGCACACAUGGCCUCUUUCUGAUCACACUCAUCACACACCAACAAGCUGGUGCCUGCAUAGAUAUUAAGAUGGUUGUCUUAGCGGUGGCUGUGUUUGUAACGCUGUCAUCUUGUGCAUUUGGCUGCUCAGGGAACACAAAUUCUACUGAGCUGAAGCUUUGGAGCAUGGAAAAUCAACCUGCUGGUGUUCAACUCGCUGCUGUGCUCAAGGAGGUGGAGAGUCUGAAGUGUGAACAAGCAACACUUCAGAAGCAGCAGAAUGCUCUGACUCAGAUGCAUUCAGCAAACUACUGGGAACGGGCUCAGAGGAAAGUCGCAACAAACGUUCUUACUUAUGGUGCUAAUGAUGAGGAGGAGGACGACUUGGAUUUCUCUGAGGAAGACUCCAGGAGACGGGGUGACCCCUGCUUUCACUACACAGUCCUAGAUGAUGCUUGGCGUGCCACCAGCAGCACCACUAAGUCUAAGAAUUGUGACCGCAACAUCAAAUGGAAAGGCUGGUACCGCCUCUUCUAUAAAGGUAAGAGUAUUCAGAUGCCUGAGAGGUGCGUCGCUGUGAACAAAUGCGGCACUCAAUCCCCACUGUGGCUGGUGGGGUCUCACCCGAAGAGGAGGGAUGGCAUUGUCACCCGCAGAAUCUGCGGCCACUGGAAGAAGAACUGCUGUGCUUUCCGAUCCACCCCGAUCCAGGUCAAGAAAUGUCGAGGCAACUACUACGUCUACAAGUUCACUCCGCCCACAUCCUGUAAUCUGGCUUACUGUGCAGAUAUCAACACUCUUAUAUGUGGGCGGUGCAGAAGAAACCAGUCCUGUGUGAGCCGAGAUAAGAUAAACUGGAGGUGUAAGACAAAGAGAAGAAGGCUUUCCAAAAAGGUCCACUUCUUUGCAUCUUAUCCUGCCCAACUCUCAGGCAAAGUGAACAGAAUCAAGUACAGCAAGGUGCUGGUGAACGUUGGCCGGGCCUUCCGCAGGACAACCGGGGUGUUCAAGGCUCCGGUCAACGGAGUCUACCAGUUCUUCUUCUCCUCCCAAACAGCCAAUACCAACCUUAAGACUGACCUGUGGCUCGUGGUCAACGGUUACUGGGUCGCCGUCUCUCAGACUCGCAUCUCCCGCUCCUCCAGUGUCGGUAGCUUGUCCAUGUACAUGACCUUCCUCCGCAGAGGAUCUGUGGUGUAUGUCACCCACAACAGUGGUAAAUCUUGGGCCAAUCCUAAUUCCAUGACCAUCACGUUUGGGGGCUCACUGCUUGCACAGAUGAAAUAAUGUAUGUAUAAACAUUUUGACAGUAGAUUUCUAAUGUAUACCUGGGUAUGAAUAUGAAUGGGAUUUGUAUGUCAAUAAAAUAUAAAGAUAUGGAGAGUAUAUCAUGACAAAGUUUACACCAUAUCAAUAUAUAUAUACAUGUAAAUAUUUAAUAUAGUUUUAUUGCUGUCUGAGCUUUAAUUUAGCCACUGACACUGCAGAACACUCUGGAAGAGUGUCAGCUAAAUGUCUGAAGUAAUUCCUAAAUGUUUGAUUUAAUGCUUAAAUGUAAAAAUUUAAAUAAAAUAAAAAAAGUG